UUUUACAUUUUCAAGGGCAUUUUAGUCUCUGGAAUUGGCCAACCUAUUCUACACUAUACACUAUACAGAACUAUCUUUAUAAAAAUACCACCCAGCUCAAUGUUACCACACAAAUAAAUUGAGUAGUGUACCUUCGCAAUUGCCUCUGCCAGACUGCCAAGACUUUUUUUCACCCAAAUGAAAAAGGCAUCUCUGCAAGAUUCUGCCACUUUCCCUGGAAAAACAUCGCAAUUCGCCGCUGAAUGCUGGUUCGACGACGCAUGCAUCCUCAAUAUGGACUAUUUCGUUAAGACCUUAGCCGGGAUUAAGGCUAAGGGUGUCCGUUCUGACCUUAUUGGCUCAAUCAUAGCUCACUACGCCUCCAAAUGGCUACCUGAGCUUUCUGGUGAUAAUGCUUGUGACAGAGGACUAACCAACUUUGAAGAAUCACCCGAAAGUGUCACAGCUUCAUGGAUGAAGAAGAGAUUUUUUGUUGAAACUCUAGUGGGUGUCUUGCCUCCAGAGAAGGACUCAAUUCCAUGCAACUUCCUGCUUCGCCUUCUCCGGACGGCAAACAUGGUUGCUGUAGAGCCUACGUAUAGAGCAGAGCUUGAGAAGAGGAUUUCAUGGCAGCUCGACCAAGCUUCACUGAAAGAGCUAAUGAUACCAUCUUUUAGCCACACUUGUGGGACCUUACUAGACGUUGAGCUAGUGACACGGUUAGUGAAGAGAUUUGUUAAUUUGGAUGAGGCAGCUAAGAGUGGAGCUGCUGCUUUAAUUAAGGUAGCUAAGCUUGUGGACUCUUAUUUAGCAGAAGCAGCUGUGGAUGCUAAUUUGAGUUUGUCAGAGUUUGAUGAUCUUGCUUCUGCUCUCCCUAGCCAUGUUCGAGCCAUUGAUGAUGGUUUAUACCGAGCCAUUGAUACCUAUCUCAAAGCGCAUCCUGGAGCGACAAAACAAGAAAGGAAGAUUCUUUGCAGAUUAAUUGAUAGCAGGAAGCUCUCCCCUGAGGCUUCACUCCAUGCUGCUCAGAAUGAAAGGCUGCCUGUUCGUGCUGUCAUCCAGGUUCUCUUCUCUGAACAAAACAAGCUCAAUCGACACGUCGAUUGGAGUGGUUCGUUUAGUGGUACGAGGAGCCCAAACCCAGGUUUCGACCCUCCUGGAAGGUGCUUUUCGAAACGGGAAAUGAAUGCUCAACAAAUGGAGAUAAAGAAGUUAAGAGAAGAUGUACUUAGGCUGCAAGGGCAAUGCUAUGCCAUGCAAAUGCAAAUGGAGAGGAUGGUGGAGAAGAAGAAAGGGUUUUUUAGGUGGAAGAAAUUGGGGAUAGUGUCCUCGUUAAAAAGUGUCAGUAGUGUUGAGAAGAUUGAAGAGGUUGAUGGAGAAGGAGAGGCUGGGUUUGGUAGGCUGACUCCCGUGGACAUGAAGACAAAGUUGGUGAAGGGUAGGACUCCUAAGUGGAGAAAAUCCACGUCUUGAAUGUGAAAUUUCAAGCUAGAUGACUGACAUAUGGUUAAUUUUUUCUUAAAAUGUUGUUAUGCUAAUUAGUUAUGUGGUUUGCUUUGUUUGUAUUAAUAAGAAAUAAUCUAUAUUUUCAGCUUUAAAAAUUGUGUGGUUUUACCAUUAA